AUGCUUCUUGAUUCGGGGGCGUCUGUCAACCGUGCUGACGAUGUGAACCGGACUUGGCUGUACUGGGCAGCUGAGAAGGGGUUUUAUGACAUGGUGAGCUUGCUACUCGCAUAUGGAGCCGAGAUGGACCGAAGCACAAACUGGGGCGAAACUCCGCUAUACACUGCCGCUGUGAAGGGAUACACUUACGUUGUGAAGAUAUUGCUGGAUCAUGGUGCCAAUCCCAACUUUGUCGACAGUAGGAACAAAGAACGCAAAACCUCACUACUUCGGGCGGCAGAAAGAGGCCACCUAGCGAUCGUAAAGCUGCUACUAGAACACACAGCCAACACAAACCACCUUGAUAGGCGGCAAAAAACAGCGCUUAUGUAUGCGUGCGAAAACGGUCACGAAGACAUUGUUCGGAUAUUGCUAGAUCAUGGAGCCGACGUCGACAAUAUGGACAUGUCUGAACGGAACGCACUCUACUACGCAGACAAAGGAUGGAACAAAACUAUUGUGCAACUGCUGCUUGAUCGCGGGGCAGUAGCGACGGCUCCGCGAGGCACAUCGAACUGA